AGUACGACUGCAGAGCAAAGCAACUCUACAGAGCAAACUGAAGAGAGGAUUUUUCUCUGGUCAAUUUCAGAUUUGGAAACAAGAAUGUCCCAAACAGUUUUACCCGUGAACUCUUCAACACUCAUCAUUCAGGUUCAACCACCAACACAAGCAACACCAGUUGGGGCAGUGACAAAUGCUCCUGUGCCUGUUUAUGUUCAACCAGUACCAGGAGUUUCACCUCUUCAUGGAGUUUCUCCUUUUCAGGCAUUUCUAAAAGGUCAACCAAAAGCCCUUGGGACUGUCCAGAUAGUGAUUGGUCUGUUGACUUUACUGUUUGGGAUUGUGUUGACAAUUCAUGCAGAUUCCGUCACUAUCAUUAGUGGUAUUCCUUACUGGGGAUCGCUCAUCUACAUUACCGCAGGCUCACUCUGCAUUGCUGCUGAAAACAAGGCUAAUUCACCCUGCGGUUUGUGUUUGGUGAAAGGUUCACUUGGAAUGAACAUUUUCAGUGCUAUAUCUGCUGGCUGUACCAUUAUUAUAAUUCCAUUUGAUUUGGCUCUAGGACCAUUGUACAAUUACUGCUACAAUAUGGACUGCUAUGAUUUUAAGGAAAGGUAUACGACACUCUUCGUGGGAAUUGGUACUGUAUUGCUGAUAUUCGCCUUGCUUGAGUUUAUCAUCUCCAUCUGUCUGUCAGGAUAUGCUUGUAAAGUCGCCUGCUACUGUUGUUCACAGGUGCCGUAUGUUCCACAAGUUUUACCUCAACUGCCCUGUGAUUUUAGGCGCUGUCAUUACAAUGAUAUUAACCAUUCAGAGAUACCUGUGGUCAGCAGCCCUUCCACGCAUCACCCCCUGCAGACAAUCCUCCACAAUACAGUUAAUGUAUAAAUACAUAUGAAUAGUAAAAACAAAAAGGGGGUGAGCCUUGUGUGAUGCUUUCAUGGGACACAUGGACUUGGACUUCCCUAAGAUUUCCUGACCCUCACUAUUGUCAUGUCAUUGGAAAAGAGCACAUAUAAGCAAAGAAGCAAUCACUUCAUCAGAUUACACAUUUUACAGAUUUUUUAAAGUCACAUAUGCAUAAACAAUAACUAUUAAAAACACUAAUAGAUAUUAUUUCCUUAUUUUUUUUCUUUAGUUAAGUCAAAGUUACCUAAUCAUAUAUUGUUUUGAUUGCUUAAUACUGUAUAAUCUGUUAGA